AUCCACUCAACCAAGCUUUAUUUAUUUUAUACCUUUUAUUUUCAACAGUUUGCCUUUAAUUCACACAAAUUCACCUUUGCAAUGGCCAACCGGACCAACCUGAUCGACAAAGAGUAUAGACAGCGCAUCUACGACUCACUGUACUGGAAGGAGCACUUCACUGGCGUCAUGGAUAAGGCUGUCAACCUCACAUGUAUUGGCGGCUGCUUUGGCGACAACAAGCGCCCGACUGAAUUCAUGUGCUUGAUGGUUGACGCUCUGAUUGAUCAAAACGAUUUUAAAUACAUGCGCGCGCUGGCACUGAUGUACUUUCGUCUCACUGAGCGCCCUGUGGACGUUUACACAAAACUUGAGUUAUUGUACAACGACUAUAGCAAGCUCCGCCGCCGCAUCUACGAUGGCACUUACGUGCUUAUGCAUAUGGACGAGUUGGAGCAGCGCGUGUGCUCGAUAGCUCUACCGCGCAUUACAGACCGUCGCAAACUUGAGGACGUAGGCGAGCUGCCGCCGCGCAUUAGCCCGCUGGACCAAAAUGACAGCGACUCUGAUUCCGAAUCGGAGUCUUCAAGUGGCAGCCAGCAGGGUUUGAACCUGCGCGGGCAGCGCCCAACAGAUUUCAAGUCUGUCGCCUUAACCACUCGGCCAUACUGA